GAGAAUUUUUUUCACAAUUUUUUAAAAGAAGGGACCAAAGGAACAUUGCUUGCUUGACGCACACACAAGAGAACACAAAAAACCGAGUCAGCGGCAGGCAACGCGAGUUCAAACUUCAACUACUUUCAAUGACGGACCCACGAGCUCCACUCCCAUCUUCAUCUUCAUCAACUUACUUACCUCCAAAUGAUUCACUACCUAAACGCUUCAAGGUCUUAUGGCGGGUUCUAUUGAUCUCCAAUUUCGCUCUUUCAGGUUCACUCUACUAUCUCCUCCCUACAUGUUUGCAAGUGCAAGGAAGAGACAUUUUAAUCAGCUGGAGAAUGAUCAAGUAGAAAAACAAAGUGAUAGUGAAAUUAUUACAGAAAUCCCUUCAACAAUUAUGGUGGAUACCACUGGCAUAGUUACUGAGAACGUGUUGGAAGAUCAGCAGCAAGAACCUGACCAGGGGGUGGUUAGUGGUUGGAGAGAAAAGUUAGGAUUUAGUAGAAAAGUGAAUUGAUAGUGAGAUGUUGAUUCUUUAAACAGUUCAUUCUCUCAUAACCGAUUGAAGCUCAUUCAGGUAAAUAUGGUGGGUUGCUGCAAAAUUUUCUUUAAGACUAUUUUGUAGGCGAAUGAUUUAUUGCGGUAGAUUUGUUUGCUUGUAAUAUAAUUCUAAGAAUAUUAGCUCAUAUAAUAAUCAUCUUUUUUGCUGGUAAGUUUUAUUAUUUAAGAAA